AUGGAGGAGCAGCCGAAGGAGGGCGAGGCCGAGGUCGCGGAGCACUGGUUCUCCAAGUGGGAACGCCAGUGCUUGGCCGAGGCCGAGCAGGAGGAGCAGCUGCCCCCGGAGGUGGAGGACGAGGCGGCCGCCGAGGCAGCGGGGCUCAAGAGCGAGCAGCAGAGGCUGUGGCACCUCUUCCAGAUCUCUGCCACCGCCGUGGCCCAGCUCUACAAGGAUCCCGGCUGCCAACAGCCAGGACUGUCCGUGUGGGACCCCUUCCAGAACGCGGCCAUGGCCGUGACCAGUCUCUACAAAGAGAGCGGGGACGCCCACCAACGAAGUUUUGACCUGGGCGUCCAGGUUGGCUACCAGCGUCGCAUCAAAGACGUGCUGGAGUGGGUGAAGAAGGGCCGGAGCACCAUCCUCCGCGAAGACCUCAUUAGCUUCCUGUGCGGCAAAGUGCCCCCCGCCCCGCCCCCGCCGCGCACCCCCAGGACGCUCCCGAAGCCGCCCGCCUCGGCCGCCAGCCCGGCCGCCGCCACCGAAGCCAGCUCGGCCGUCGAGGUCGACCUGCAGCCUUUCCACGAGGCCAUCGCCCUGCAUGGCCUCAGCGGUGCCAUGGCCAGCAUCAGCGUGCGAGCCGGCGCUCCCGGGUCCCCGCCCCAGGCCAGCGGUGUCGCCGGCAGCGUGGCCGGCGGCGGGCGCUGGAAAAGCAGCCUCCUCGAGGACGACUCGAACCCCUUCAACGCCGAAGAACUGGCCCUCCGCCUGGACAGCGGGGGGACCCGCAAGCGCCCCUCGGCCCAGUGCAGUGACAGUGUCACAGGCUCCCCAACCCACAAGCGCAACCGACUGUUCUGA